GGCAUACCUUUCAAGUUGCCAUCGCCAGCUGUUUCGCUUUGACUUCGUUCAUGCUCGUUCAUGCUCGCUCACUGCUCUGCACGACGAGCAGUCAACGUACUUCGCCGACCAUGUGGGACAGUUCAACCUCGUAGCUUCCAAAGACGAACGCUCGUUAGCAUCGAGACAUUUACAAAUGGGUUUCUGGAUCUAGCCACUGCUCUACCUCUACCACCGUCCUUCCCUCCGUAUUCCACGACCAUCAUCAUCUGCACGGUCGUUUCGCGUCUCAUCUGGACCGUGCCAUUUUCAAUAUGGGCAAAGCAGAGACAGCGGCGUGCGGAGGAAGAGGUCAUGCCCAUAAUCAACUCCUUAAAACCUGGUGUAUCAAAAUUGGUUUUCGCAGAAAUGCAGAAAGCUGGUGUUCGCGGUACGAAGGAACAAAUCCAAGCAGCCCAUGGCAAACGCGUCAAGCAACUCUUAACCACGCGUCGAAAACAGCUUUUCUCAGAGUACAGCUGUAGUCCUGGAAUGACGAUGGCGAUACCUCUUAUCACACAACUCCCGCUGUUCAUGGGGUUUUCAAUAGUGCUCAACCGGUUAUCACAAACACCUACUCCGUUUGACUCCGAGUCGUUCUUGACGCUUUCCACGCUGGCGCAUGCAGACCCUACAGCCACCUUGCCAAUUGCACUAGGUCUCGUCACUCUAGCCAACGUCGAAAGUUCACGCUGGUUCAUUACCGAGGAGCAACGCGAGCGUCAGGAAAAAGUUCAGAAGUGGAAAGAAGAUCGCGUUGCACGAGGGGAGACUGUGAUCGAGCCUCAGAAGAUUAUCAAGUCUGCGUUGAGAUUGAUCUCUGUUGGUCGUAUUGUUGUCGCGACCAUGGUACCAGGAGGCGUUGUUCUCUACUGGGUCACAUCAGCCACUUUUGGGUUGGUGCAGACAUGGAUCAUGGAUUAUUGGGAGCUGCGGAGAAAGCGGAAGCUAGCUUCCGUGCCCUCUAAAAAGACCCUGGCAGCCAAGCAAUGAUGACUUGUUACCUGGGUAGAUAUCGGUCCGGAGCGUACUCAGGGUCUGGAUGACGGGUUGAGGUGGCUCAUGGGCUUAUAUCGGCUGCGGUCGAGAUGCGAGAGUCAUUUAUCAUCUCACUUAGAGAAUACCAUUAGAAAUCAGCGCUGCAGCACUAGGGCAUGGAAUACUUGUGGAAUAAUUUACCUGUAUUAUUGCACCAGACCAUCUAAGACCUCGAAUAUUAGCACAGCCACAAGG